GCUAAACAUGAUAUCCGAUAUCGACAUGGAAUUUCCAACUAAACCGGAAGCUGAUAAUGUUAAAGUUUCAAAUUCAACAACAUUUUCCGCUUAUACCAAUACUUUAAGUCCCAUGUCACCUAAAAAAACGGGGAGUAUUAAACGAAAACAUUCACAGAGUCAAAAGACUACUAUUAGCAAUUAUCCAAGUGUAGGAGAGUUACUUUGGGACAAUGGGAAAAUGUUUAGUGAUGUUAGAUUAUCGUUCGAAGAUCGAGAAGGUUUGGCCAUUCGUGCGGGAAUACCUUCGGAGCUUCGAUUGCAUUCUAUAGUCUUGUUUCAAUCACAAUUCUUUAAAGAACAACUUUCACAAACGUCGUCAAACAUCUCAUCGUUACCAAAAUCUAACAUGAGAAAAGAAAAACAGAUCAUUGUUAAAUUGCCAUAUCGAGUUAACGAAGAAGAUAUGGUUAAUUUUUAUUGUACAUUAAAAUUAAUGUAUACAAAAAAAUGGGACUCAGAAUUAGCAAAUAAUCUAGCAAAAGGAGUCGGAUGUUUGUCUGUUUGCUGGGAAAUUGGAUUUCACGAAGGAAUCGAAGCUUGUUGGAAAUGGUUGGUACGAAAAUGUAGUCGAGAUAGAAAUAAGGAAAUGAUGAAGAAAUUAAUAGAUGCAUAUCCGAGAUUACAUGAAAAAUUUACUCACCAAGUUGAUCUUGUAAAUAAUUCACUGACGGAAUUAUUUUCGGAUACUUCACUACAAAGAGCUCCAAGUUUAACAAAGAGUUCUAGUAAAAAAGCUCCUACUUUACCACGACGAUCAAUGCGACGCGAAAAUCGUCCAAAAGCUACACGUCGAAUAGCGAAAACUGGUGAAUCCGAACAGACAUUAUUAGCGCCCUUGUUAAAAUCAGAUAGUGAUACAUCAACCUCGACAUCUACCAACUCAUCAAUAUCUCUAAAAGUUUCAUCAAUAUCCUUAAAAGAUUCUUCAACAUCCCUAAAUACUUCUUUGGCAUCCAUAAAGGCUUCUUCAACAUCCCUAGGAACUCAAUAUGAAAAUCUUCCUUUAGAAGCUAGAGAAGAUAACAGAUGUUUUCCAUUUUUAGAACACUUUAUUUCAAUCUUUGAAUCAAUUAAUCAACUUGGAAAAGUGAAACUUAUCUCAUCAAAAGAAUGUUUAGAUUAUGCUCUUCGUAUGCUAAACGUUAUUAAAAUCGAACAUUCACAUUUUCAUAUGUUACAUAAUACAUCUAAUCAAAGAAACAGAUUAGGAGAAGAACUUUCAUCACAACCGAUAGUACUUCAUGAAUCACUAGACGAACCUUUAACAAUAUUAUUAAAAGAAAUAUUAUUACCAAUAGAACAAAAACAUUUAUGCGAUUAUUUGUGGGCACCAAGUAAUGUUUCAAACUUAAUGCACCUUCGAGAGAUUCGAAGUGACAAUGUUAAUCUUAUGGAAGAAGAUGAAUUUGAAGAAUUUGAACAGGUUAUGAGAGAAACUAGUUUGGUUAAAGGUUCAAGGGUUAGUCAAGUUGAACAUAUGAUAGUUGGUGAAAAAAUGGCUAAAGCUAUAAGAGAAGUCUUGAACAAAAAUUCUUAUAACUUUAUUUAA